AAGGUCAGCGAUCCUGUAAUCCUCUCUUACUCCAGUGGAUUCGAAAUUCUAGCGUCGUUGGUCAGGCCACCACAGCCUUGUUCAGUGUAUACCUAUUACCCUGUCAUAUUGCAGCGUGGGUCCCGAUGCAGGCGAUGAGGUGGCGUAUUACCCGUGAACGCAUGCAGUGCCAUGACCGAGCCCUGCAUGGGGCGGCUCACCGACAUGUCAGCCUCGGCUGAUACAAGCCCAGGCCCUGGCCUCAAACAAAAGCGCGUUCUCUUCUUCGGCGAUAAAUACACAGGUGUAGAGGCAUUGUAGGUGCCGGAUGCUGUGUGGCAUCGUGGCUGCUUCCUGCGCUCAGCCAGACCCCGCUUUCUCUUGGCAUUCUGGGGCACCACGCCAUUAUUCAUGGCUUCCAUCAUAACCUCGAGUAGCAAGAGUGACAUCGCGAUCUCCGAGCUUGAUGUCGCUUCACUCGCUGUCACAAAUCGCCAGUCUGGAAACGAUGCUUGGCCAAACACCCUUCGCGGGACAACGAGAGCGGCGCGUCGCCGUGGAAAGCUCGAUGGACCUUUUCAACUUCGCUUUCUUACUGCGACAGACCCUACUCAAUUCAAAGACGGGGAGGCAAGACGAAGCGUCCGUUCGCAGGCGAUGAGGUACCAUAGGAACAAAAUAAACAACGGCAAUGCAGCACCUCGGGAACGGCCCGAAGCAGUACCAACUCUUUACACUGAACCAAUAGUCGCCGAGCAGGUCAGGCUUACGACGACCCAAGCUCAGCUACGUCCCACAAAACGAACAUCGAGGGCGCUUGUUCCUUAUGAAUAUGAUCAGCAAACUCCUUAUCAUGUACCGACUACGAGGUCGCCCAUGGAAGCGAGCGGGGUUCGGGCUGAUGAUGCUGCAUCUGAACGCUGUCAGUCAACUCGGUCAAGCCGACGGCAGAGUAGAAGCUUCCAAAAGGUUGUUGAAUACGAGUACACCGAGAGCCAGGAAGAACGCAAGAUUCGUUUGCUCGCGACCAAUUUCUCUCAGAUCGGAGACGGGUUUGACCCUUUCAAGGUGCUGCCCCAAUUCGAGAACCCUAGUUUGAACAGCAGUUUCAUCUUGCGUAUAUGUAUGCGCGUGUUUGGAACAGAAGCAUUUGUCAAGGCAUGGGGACCCGAAAUGAUGGCUCAUCCCCAUGUAUUGCUCAGUGGCAUGUCCGUGACAUGUACUUGGCUCGAUAUGCUCGCAAAAAUUCCAGGCGAAAGUACAAGGACUAGGCUUGUCAGAGAUGAGACCUUGGUCAUGCUCAGGCUUCGACAUCAGUCGUUCACCCGGAAGCACGCCGUGUCAACUCUCCUGGUGAUGCUACAUUUGAUGGGAGGCGAGAUAUGGAGCUGUGAUGAGCCCACGGUACGGUGUCACGAAAGAGGCAUCGAACAGAUGAUACACCUGUGCGGCGGCAUGGACAACACCGGCAGGGUGAUAAUCGCGCAAGUUACCGCUGCGUGUUGUUUCCACUGCGAUCUAGUCUACGAAGCCCAACCCCUGCGGACCUUUGCGUCGUGGGAGCCUACAAAGUACGAUUCGGUCAACGACAAGGAAGACGUCGCAAUCCCAGAAUCUCCAUUGUUCUGCCCAUGGUCUGACUUCCGAAAUCUUCUCAACGAAGAGCGUUGUUCAUCGACUACAUGUGGCUUACUUCGAGAUAUGCGCGACUUGACCGACCUAUUCCUGGCGCAAAGCACAGCACUUGAGCCCGCUAGCAAUGCUGCAGACGUUCAUAUAGCCUAUCCGCCCUCCAAUGAAGUCUCUUGCAAGACAAGAAUGGCUGAAAUUUGCGAUCGAUUAGCAAAUCUGCCUUCGGCUUACACUCCAGAUCACCCAAACUCCUGCGAUUGGGUCUAUGAGGCGUGUCGUCUCGCUGCCACGAUCUACACGACUGCUGUCGUACGCUGCCUGCCUUUCUCUGUUACUGCAAUGUCGAGUCGCUACCCAUUUUGUGUCCAAACCGGAGCUCUGAGCGAGCCACAUAGCAGCCAGAUCUCGCUUACAACACAUAUCUGCGAAGAGCUAAUGCAGACUCUAGAACGUACCGACCUCGCAAACGUGUGGAAUGGUAUGGCUGGAGUGCUAUAUUGGAUAUGCACCAUUGGCGCUGCUGCAGCUCGUUCGCCUGGCUUGUCCGACAUGUCACAGCAAGUUCCGUAUAGCACGACGUGUAAGUUCCGGGUUCGACAGUGUCUUACUAUAUUUUCCGUCCGCGCGCAACUCAUCUUGGUCUUCAAACAUCCAAUACCAAUUCUCUUAUCACAGAAGAAACUUCUCAGAGUACAAGAGCUUAUUGGAACAUAUCACCAAGGUCGCAACACCAAGCAGUCACAUGGAACCUCUCCGAAUUCCACAGGCCUCAAAUGCGACGACAUCUGCACCUACUGAUGGUCGAAUUCAAGCCGAGCGAUACAUCCAUCUCUUGUGAUGAGCAUUCAAAGCAAACCAAUCUAAGCUAGAGUCAGCAGCCGGCUGCUGACAAAAGAUGGUUGCGCUCCCGUAAACACCGAAAGCCGUAUGAAUCAGAGUAGAAGCGCACUUGUCCACGCCGCCAAACCUGGUUAGAUCUUUGAUCGCUCAUUCAGUCACUGCACAUCCGGCUUUGAAUGAAUCGUCCAG